GUUCCACCUCUUGGGUUUACUCAGUAGGACGGGGGGAAAAAAGAAAACAAAAUGUGAUUUAGUGCCACAUUUUAACCAAAUGAGGUGUUUCAGGUUUUGUUUUUCCGCCGAUAAACUCACCUACCGGCUGAAAUAGGAGCCGUCGGAGCAGCUCGCGCGCGGAGGUUGUUGGACGGGACAGCGGAGCGUCGACGGAGGUUUAAACGGCAUUGUUCGAGCGCGGAAGAUGCUGUCCUGCUUGCGGAGAGUCCUGCGGCCCGUUCUGGGUAUGACAGCCGGCAGAGGGUCGACCGGAGGCGUGUUCAGCCGACGGCGCACGCCCGCUUUAGCGUCCCCGGUCCGGUUAACGUCGGAGCCGCCGCUGUCCGUGCUGGUGCAGAGGUGUAACCUGGGCACACACCCUCCGAAGGAGCCCAUGGAGCCGCUCAACUCGCCGCGGGGCGCCAAGGAGUUUAUUUACAGCCUUCACCCGUCUGAACGUACCUGCCUGCUGCGAGAGCUGCACAGAUUCGAGUCCAUAGCCAUCGCUCAAGGGCAGCUGGACAUUGCUGCACCAACUGCAGCACAGUUAAGAUACGUUCUGCUGCACAAUGCAAUCCCUUUUGUUGGAUUUGGAUUCCUGGACAACUGCAUCAUGAUUGUUGCUGGCACACAUAUCGAGUUGUCCAUCGGUGUGAUACUCGGCAUUUCAACUAUGGCUGCUGCUGCCCUUGGUAACCUGGUGUCUGAUCUGGCAGGACUCGGGCUCGCAGGCUAUGUGGAGGCCUUGGCGUCUCGGCUGGGGAUGCAGAUUCCAGACCUGAGCCCAAAACAGGCAGACAUGUGGCAGACCCGAGUCAGCUCUCACGCGGGAAAAGCCAUCGGGGUCGGGAUCGGCUGUAUCCUUGGCAUGUUUCCACUUCUGUUCUUCAAGGAUGAUGAGGAAAAGAAAGAAGGGAAGAAGGACACUAAAGAGACAGCAACAGCACCUCCUGCAGUGGAGAGCAGCAAAAACUGAAAAGUCUCACCUUGUCUGAGACAUACUAUUUUGAAUCCAUCUGAAUGCUUAAAUCUGGGUCUGAGUGCUCUUCCUGGUGGGUUGGCCUGUGAGAAUAUCACUGUACUCCAUACAAUUAACCUUCAGGCACCACACUGAGGGUAUUCUGAAGAGGAUCUAGAUAUUAUUGAUUGCAGACUGAAGUUGUUUGACUCUUAGGGAAAUUAUAGUCUCUUGGACUUGAACUACUGCUGCUGCUACUCGACAAUUGGACCGAACCUUUGUGUUGUUUUGGACCAGCGUGGGCCAACUUUCCUCAAAAGAAUGCACCAGUGGCCCCUUUAACUGCUCUGCUUUUCUAACGCGAGCCUCUGACUCUGCAGAUGUCUUUUGAGCGAGAACAGAACAAAUGGACAUAUGUGAGAUUAUUUAUUCACACAGCA